AGACAAGGAGCCCCAGGCGGGUUGGAAGGGGCGAAGAUGGCGGCGGCGGCGGCGGCGGGCCGUGUGACGGGCACCGUCAAGGUGGUGAAGCCCUUUCUGUCCCGGAACCAGAGCGAAGCCAAGCGCCGGGUGCGAGAGCUUUACCGGGCCUGGUACCGGGAGGUGCCCAACACCAUACAGAAAUUCCAUCUGGAUAUCUCAGUAAAACAGGGACGAGAUAAAGUGCGGGAAAUGUUCAUGAAAAACGCCCAUGUCACUGACCCCCGAAUUAUCGACCUGCUGGUGAUUAAGGGUAAGAUGGAUCUUGAAGAAACUAUAAAAGUGUGGAAGCAGCGGACACACAUCAUGCGUUACUUCCAUGAGACAGAAACACCCCGACCAACAGAUUUCCUCUCCAGAUUCUACACGGGACAUGAUGUGUAAAUAAUGAGGGAAGUGGCAAUUGUAAAAUAAAUGUACUCAGAAAUAA